AUGGCGAAGAUUUACAAAGAUACGAGGGUCGACCUACGGCCAUUCUCGCCGACCACGGUCGCCAACAUCCAGAUCUCACCUCAAGAAAGCGCGUCCCGUCGGGCUCGCUUUUCGAUCUCCUCUACCCCAGACCAGCCCGAAAUCCCGAUCGCGAAGGAUGAAGACGAAUUCGCCAGAAGAUACCUUGCAACCCAGGGUGCAGUCUACUUCCGCAAACGAAAGUCCUACCCGAGGACCUUCGUGUGGAGGGUGGUCAAUGAUAACAAGGUGCUGGAGAUUCAAUGCGCCGACUUGACGAAAAGUGGGACAGAGCGCUUCGAAUACAAUGUGACCUUGCGGCUGCACUUCCCAGAGCAGAUUAUUCCAUCCGGUGUUGCGUUGGCAGAUGUGGAGGAACACGAGGUUCUCAGCGUCUUUGUGAUUACGGCGUCCAAGCAGCUCCAUACCCUGUCGCUUCGACCAGAGUUCUUCCGGAGAACGGAGUCAAUCGAUGACAAUGUGAGCGAAUGGUGCAAGACAUGCAUCCCUGCGCCUCUUUCUUUCUCCAACCCCCACAGACUUCACGCGAGCAGCCCGCAAGAGCUCUUCAUUUCCCUCGACAAUGGCGCACUCCUGCGGUUGACCCGCAGAGCUGGAGAUGAUGGUUCGCACUGGACCCCUCUUACCUUCGACGAACGAACAUGGGGCGCGUCUAUUCGAGGCCUCGUUAAAUGGCACGCAACCUCCUCGAUCAAGCACAAUGGACGCAACCUCGACCUGAAUGUCGCCAAUGCCAUCGCUACAACCUCCGACGAGACCUAUGUCUUUGCUAUCUGUCUGAACCACACCUUGAAAAUCUGGAAUCUUGCUACGAACAAGCUUGCGGCGACCAAGGAUCUUCUGGGCCGCUCGAUGGACCCCGAUGCGGUGCCGUAUACCUUGAAUCCUGCUGAAACAUCGUUCAUCCGGGUAUUCAAUGCGGAGAGGGCAAUGGACGGUGGACACAGAUUCUAUGUCGUUACAUACUCUCCAUUCGAGGACGGACGCUUCAAGUUCUGGGCUGUGAAAGGCGGUUUAACGUCUGAUCUUGUCAUUGAGGACCUUUUUGCCGAUACAGUCUUCCGACCCGUGGACCCAGAUGUGACGGGGAAUAUGUUCUGGAGCAUUGCGGACUUCCAGGUCAAGCCCGCGGAGGAAGGAAAGGGAAUGGAGUUGUGGGUGUUAUGGAGAAACCAUGGUCUCUACCAGCUCUAUACCCUACACUUUGAUCUACAAACCUUGGUGUCGGACUGGUCAUCAAACUGGGUGUCAACAACAUUCGAAACGCACCGACAGGAGCCAGUACCCGCACCAUCCCUCGACGAUGUGGAGGACCCGACCGAGAAGUGGCUUGCUUAUCUCUUGCACCCAACUCGAUACUUGCCCGAGGUUCUUGAAACCGCCUUGGCGGUCUACCAGGAGGCGCUUAGACCGCUGUCUUCGACCUCAUCCGGAGUCUUGAAGAAGGAUGUAUCACUGGCGGAGAGGCUUUGUUCUACAAUUGCAGCUACUGUCUCCCUUCGCAAAUAUACCGAGGAUGAGAUGGACUAUGCUCGAUUCCGGACGGAUACAGAUGCCAAAUGGCGUCAGUUCUGGCAAGUUGCCGAAGACCUCAACAAGCGCAGAUUCGAACCCGUUUCCCUUGCUUACGACUCUUUCUACGAAAUGCCCUGGCUUCUUCUUUCCGAUUCCUGCGCUGUGGUACGAGAGUGCAAUACUGCCGAAUUACUCCUACACAACUCUAGCUCCGAUCUACGCGAGGAGGCUCCCAAGAUCGUGGACCGAUGGAGACAUCGCAAUCUCCAUGCCGAGCUUGGCAAUCUUUAUGAACAAGCUUCCUCAUUGAUGAAGGUGGCUGCCGAGUUCAGGAAGAAGUUUUCGGCAGAGCUCGAUGCAGCAUGUCGGGCUGCUCUCGAAGUCGAAAUUUUCAACGAGCCCUCUUCAUCUAUUGUCGACCGCAUGGAUAGCUUCAGGGAGCGCUGUGAAUUUGGAGACCGAAUCUCCAACAAGACCUUUGAGGGUCUAGUUGCGGCGCUGAACGAGUACCUGGAUGCCGAGAACUUGUCUGGGGAUCCGUUCUACGCUAUCAUCGACACUGUUCCUUCAGGGUUCAACGGCAAGGACUCUGGGCUUCUUUCAACAUACUUUGGUGCGCGGGUUGCUGUGAGUGGUGCAUUCGAGACGGUGGUUCUCACGCGUCAGAUCCUCUAUGAUUUGUUGAUCCUGGUCACGUUUGUGGACGGCGAGAUUGAACAGGGCGAACGCUCAAACUUCGACGCUGCUGAUAUUUUCUCCACACUCAUUGAUUCCCUCCGAGAGUACGAAAUGAUGUAUUGGCUCAGCUCCAAUGUUCGGAAAUGCCCCGACCGUGCCGCCAAUACGGGCACAGAGGCAUCGACCCCGGUCUUCUCUUUGAAGGAGAAGAAGUCUAAUCCCAACAAGAACCUUCGGACGGCGACUAUUCUGGAAGACCUAUUUGUUACCGACAUCAAGCCACGUCAAGCGAUUGGUGUGCCCCAGAGUUAUACCUUGACUCUUGGGAUCAGGGAUGUCCUGGCCUGGGUUACAAGACCUGGUGAAGUGGCUUAUCCGAACGCAUUGGCCUACAUUCAGUGCGACCUUAUUGCUAAGAACAAUAUUGACCUCGCAUGGGACUUCCUGCGUUUUCAAGCCAGCACAUCCUGGGCAACCUAUGUCAAGGGUCGCCUGCAUGUGGCAAUGGCCGAGUAUGACAUUGCAGCCAUUUACUUCCGCAAGUCGGCAUAUCUUCUGUCUUGUGGCAAGCCCUUAGGUAACCUACAUGAAAUGUCGUCAACCCUCCUUGACCUUGUCUCCGUCAAUUGCUUCCACAAUGGUAUCCCGAAAUAUUACCAGCACAUCCUUUCUGUCUUCGAGCAAGUCCGCUCGUUCUCCCAUGUCGCGGAAUUCGCUAGCCUUGCGCUGCAGGCCCUCGAUUCGGAGGCCUGGGCCGAGCACGACCCCGAAUACACCAGCAUGCGAACUGAUCUGCUCUCGCGUCUGUUCCACGCUUCCCUCAAGACCUGUCAAUUUGACCAGGCAUACUCCGCCUUGGCCCGUUACCAGGAUCUUGCCUUACAGAGGUCCGCUCUCAGUUCUCUGAUCUCUAGUGUCCUCACCGUGUCUGGACCCGGUGCCGCUGGAAUCAAGCAGAUUCUCCGUUUCCCCACCGCGCUUGUUCCCAACAUUGCCUCUUACGUCGACGAAGUCCUCGUGUCUCUCGCCCGCAAGCAGAACAACUUUACCUCUUGGACCGAUAUUGACAACAACGAGGUUGAUGCUUCAUCAAUCGACUACAACCGCAUCUUGCAGGCUUAUCGCAUUGCCCGCAAUGAUUAUCGCGGUGCCGCCGAGAUCGCUUACCGGAACGUCCAACGCCUCCGCAAGGCAAGGGACGCACCUUCAUCUGCGCUUGUCCACAAAAACCGGAGAGAAGUCGAGAUCUCUGGUGUACCUGAAGACGACCUUGAGAGUAAGGAGAUACGUCAUGAGCUACUGUCACUGAUCAACCUGCUCGCCUCGGUCGACAAGGGUGAAGCCUACAUUCUUGUCGAAACCGGCCCACUCGCAUCCUUUGCUGCGGGCACACCAUCUCCAAAGCAGCAGCGUCGCCAAGCAGAUGAUGACGGCAACGUCUUCAUGGAAGAUGCAGAUGCGACGUCCCCCACUCCCUUGGAAGCCCGGCGCAGAUCCUCCAGCGGAGCCUCCAUCAUCCCCGCCGGCCGCAGAGACAGUCGCUCCUCAAUCAGCGGUGGACGCGGCAGCGUAUCCUUCAAAGCGCUAGUCGAACCACCCCAAGAAAGAAUCAUUGUUACACUUGACCACCUGCGUCGCGAGUAUCAAUCCGAACUCGAUCGUGUGAGCCGUAUAGAGCGCGGUGACUGGGAGUUUGGUCUCUUGGGCGAUGAAGACGAGGACUUCGAUAAUGAUGACACGAUGGUUCUGUCGUAG